AUGUCGAUUGUUACUAAGAACCCGAACCUUCUUGCUCCGUAUAUGGAUUUGCCCCAGAAGGGCAAGGUUGCUGCUGAGUACGUCUGGCUUGACGCUGCUGGCCACCCACGUGCUAAGACCACUACGGUCGAUGGCCCGGUCAAGUCGCUCGCCGACCUCAAGGAGUGGAACUUUGACGGCUCGUCGACUGGUCAAGCCCCGGGUGGUAACUCGGACGUGUACCUGCGUCCGGUUGCCUACUACCCUGACCCCUUCCGUCUCGGUGACAACGUCAUUGUCUUGGCUGAGUGCUACAACAACGACGGCACGCCGAACAAGGCCAACCACCGCCACGCUGCCGCCAAGAUCUUCGAGCAGUGCAAGGACCAGCACCCGUGGUUCGGUAUUGAGCAGGAGUACUCGCUCAUGGGUGCCGACGACAGGCCAUACGGCUGGCCCGUGGGUGGUUUCCCUGGCCCGCAGGGUCCCUACUACUGUGGUGUGGGUGCUGGCCGCGUUGUCGGUCGUGACCUCGUCGAGGCCCACUACCGUGCCUGCCUGUACGCCGGUAUCAACCACUCGGGUAUCAACGCCGAGGUGAUGCCGUCGCAGUGGGAGUUCCAGGUCGGCCCUUGCGAGGGUAUCGAGAUGGGCGACCACCUUACCAUUGCCCGUUACCUCCUCCUCCGCAUUGCUGAGGAGUGGGGUGUCAAGGUCUCCAUCCACCCUAAGGCUGUGCCGGGUGACUGGAACGGUGCUGGUUGCCACACCAACUUCUCGACGGAGGCUAUGCGUCAAAAGGGUGGCAUGAAGGCCAUUGAGGAGGCCAUUGAGCGCCUCGGCAAGCGCCACAACGAGCACAUUGCUGUGUACGGUGAGGACAACGAGAUGCGUCUCACUGGUCGCCACGAGACUGGUCACAUUGGUCAGUUCUCGGCUGGUGUUGCCAACCGUGGUGCCUCGAUCCGUAUCCCUCGUCAUGUCGCUGCUCAGGGUUACGGUUACCUUGAGGACCGUCGCCCGGCCUCGAACAUCGACCCGUACCAGGUCACUGGUAUUAUCGCCGAGACCGUGUGUCUGAACCAGUAA